AUGAUCGAAUUCACUUUAUUGGACGUUUUUAAAAAACAUAGUAAAGAUCAACAGAUCGACGACAACGAUUUUGACACCCAAGAUGAUGAAAAUUAUCAAAAAGGUGCAUUGACCAAUUUGGACAUAUUAGCUCGUAAGCAACAAGAGUUGGAUCAUGGAAUGACAAGGUGGCAGGGUUUUAAGACUUAUAAAGCCAUAAGCUUUUAUGUUGCAGUAUUAGUGUGGACUAUGAUUUUAUGGGGUUAUGAAAACCAAGCUGGUGGAAUGGUCAUUUCCAUACCUCAGUUCAGAAAAGAUUUUGGUUAUGCUUAUGGUGAGUCGUAUGUUUUGCCUGUUCAAUGGCAAAGUGCUAUCAGUGGUGGUCCUCAGGGAAGUGUAGCCAUUGGGUCCAUUGUGGGAUCUCUCUUGGCUGACAGAAUAGGUAAACGUAGAGCGUUGUUAUUUGCAUCUUUGUUUUCCAUCCCAUGGAUCACUUUGGAGUUUGUUGCUGUUACCAUUGAAGUGUUUUUUGUCGGAAAAUUGAUGAAUGCUUUCUGUUUAGGUAUAAUAGCAUCUUGUGCCAUGGCUUAUACUUCAGAAAUUGCUCCUUUACCUCUUAGAAGUUUGUCAUCAGGAGCAGUUGCUUUGGCAUUAUGUAUUGGUCCAUUCUGUUGUGUGUUGAUCAAUAACACCACAAGUACUUAUACGUCAAGAAUGGCAUACAGAGGUAUUUUCAUUCCUCAAUGGAUAUUUGCAGUGAUCUCCGUUUUGGGACAAUGCUUUAUUCCAGAAUCUCCAUAUUGGUUGAUAGCUAAAGGUAGAGACAAAGGUGCCGUAAAAGAGUUGAAAAGAAUGUACAGUAAAGAUAUCAAGUCACAAUAUGCUUUGAUGAAAGUUACUGUAGAAGAAGCUUCAUUGAUCUCCUCACAAGCCGGUACAUACCUUGAUUGUUUUAAAAAGAAAGAUUUACGUAGAACUUUGUUAGUCAUCUUCCCAUAUUUCAUGCAAACGUUCGGGGGUGUAGGAUAUGUUACAAAUUACUCGACCUAUUAUUACCAAGUUUCGGGCUACGACACCAAAAAAUCCUUUCAAAUAGCUUGUGGUGCUCAGGCAAUGUCUGUCUUUGGUGUGUUUUGUUCUUUCUUCAUAGUAGACAGAUUAGGUAGAAGACCCUCAAUGAUGAUAGGUAUGACAUGUUUAACAUUAGUUAAUUUGAUGAUAGCAGUUACCGGUUUGAACUUGAAUAAUCGACCAGCAGUACAAACUUCAGCAGCAUUCAUGGCCAUGUAUAAUUUCUUCUACAAUAUAGGUAUAGGUGCAUUACCUUAUAUUUUGGGGAAUGAGAUUCUGUCAAUCUUUUUAAGAGUCAAAUCCAUCGCUAUAGCAAAUUUUAUAAAUAACGCUUUCCUUUGUAUGUGGACAGUAAUCUUACCAUACAUGUUCAAUCCUGAUGAAGGUAACAUGGGUUCUGCCAUAAAUUUCAUUUUCACAGGGUUUUCAUUUAUUUCAUUAUUUAUAUUCUGGUUAUUCUUACCAGAAACUUCACAUAGAUAUUUUGAAGAAAUCGACGAGUUAUUCGCCUUAGGAGUUAACCCACGUAAAUGGAGGUCUUUUAAGACUGAGAAACAAGUCAGGACUGAAGAAGUCACUAAUCCAAAAGCCACGGUUGAAUUUGUUGAGAAAGUAUAA